GUCUAUCCGAGAAGUCACAGGCUAUGUUUUGGUGGCUUUGAAUCAGUUUGAAUACCUGCCAUUGGAGAACCUGCGCAUCAUUCGUGGGACCAAACUCUAUGAAGAGCGAUAUGCUUUGGCGAUAUUUCUUAACUACAGAAAGGAUGGUAACUUUGGACUCAGGGAACUUGGCUUGAAGAACUUGACAGAAAUACUGAAUGGAGGGGUGUAUGUUGGCCAGAACAAAUUUCUUUGCUUCGCAGACACCAUUCAUUGGCAGGAUAUCGUGCGUAACCCCUGGGCCUCCAAUUUCACUUUGGUUCCAACGAAUGGCAGCUCAGGAUGUGGUCGAUGCCACAAAUCCUGCACAGGCCGGUGCUGGGGACCCACAGAGAAUCACUGCCAGACCUUAACGAAGACAGUGUGUGCAGAGCAGUGUGAUGGACGGUGCUAUGGGCCCUACGUCAGCGACUGCUGCCACCGGGAAUGUGCUGGAGGCUGUUCCGGACCUAAAGACACUGAUUGCUUUGCCUGUAUGAAUUUCAACGAUAGCGGUGCAUGUGUCACGCAGUGCCCCCAGACUUUUGUAUACAAUCCCACCACCUUCCAACUGGAGCAUAAUCACAAUGCCAAGUACACCUAUGGAGCUUUUUGCGUCAAAAAGUGCCCACACAACUUUGUGGUGGAUUCUAGCUCUUGUGUCCGUGCAUGUCCGAGCUCCAAGAUGGAGGUUGAAGAAAAUGGUAUUAAGAUGUGCAAGCCCUGCACUGAUAUUUGUCCUAAAGCAUGUGAUGGCAUUGGGACAGGGAGUUUAGUGUCAGCUCAGACGGUGGAUUCCAGCAACAUUGACAAGUUCAUAAACUGUACCAAGAUCAAUGGCAACCUUAUCUUCCUUGUUACUGGGAUUCAUGGGGACCCGUAUCACACGAUUGCCGCAAUCAAUCCAGAGAAAUUAAAUAUCUUCCAAACAGUGAGAGAGAUAACAGGAUAUUUAAACAUACAGUCAUGGCCUGAGAAUAUGACAGAUUUCAGGGUGUUUUCUAACUUGGUUACUAUCGGUGGAAGAGCUCUCUAUAGUGGCCUUUCCUUACUCAUCCUGAAGCAACAAGGCAUUACCUCUCUGCAGUUUCAGUCCUUGAAGCAAAUCAGCGCUGGCAACAUCUACAUAACAGACAACAGCAAUUUGUGCUACUACCACACUGUCAACUGGACCAGCCUUUUCAGCACGCCCAGUCAAAAGACGGUGAUUCAUCGAAAUAAAAAGGCAGAGAACUGCACUGCUGAUGGAAUGGUGUGUAAUGAGUUAUGCUCAAGUGAUGGCUGUUGGGGGCCUGGGCCAGACCAGUGUCUCUCCUGUAAGCGCUUCAUCAGGGGAAGGACCUGCAUAGACUCUUGUAACCUGUAUGAUGGGGAAUUUCGAGAAUUUGCAAAUGGUUCUGUCUGUGUGGAGUGUGAUCCCCAGUGUGAAAAGAUGGAAGAAAACAUGAUCACGUGCUAUGGGCCGGGACCUGACCACUGCACGAAGUGUUUCCAUUUUAAGGAUGGUCCAAAUUGUGUGGAAAAAUGUCCUGAUGGCUUACAGGGGGCCAACAGCUUCAUUUUCAAAUAUGCUGAUGAGGAUCGUGAGUGCCAUCCAUGUCAUCCAAACUGUACCCAAGGGUGUAGAGGUCCCGCUAGUCAUGACUGCAUUUACUAUCCAUGGACACGACAGUCCACUUUACCACAACAUGCUAGAACCCCUCUGAUUGCUGCGGGAGUUAUUGGUGGCCUCUUCAUUGUCGUCAUUGUGGGUCUGACAUUUGCCGUGUAUGUUCGGCGCAAAAGCAUUAAAAAGAAGAGAGCAUUGCGAAGAUUCCUGGAGACUGAGCUUGUGGAACCCUUGACUCCAAGUGGCACAGCACCCAACCAAGCACAGCUUCGUAUCCUGAAGGAAACUGAGUUGAAACGAGUCAAGGUUCUUGGCUCUGGAGCCUUUGGAACUGUAUACAAGGGUAUUUGGGUGCCCGAGGGAGAAACCGUAAAGAUUCCUGUGGCCAUUAAGAUCCUUAAUGAGACCACUGGUCCAAAAGCCAAUGUGGAGUUCAUGGAUGAAGCUCUUAUCAUGGCCAGCAUGGACCAUCCGCACCUGGUGAGACUCCUGGGUGUCUGCUUGAGCCCAACCAUUCAACUAGUCACUCAGCUGAUGCCUCAUGGCUGCCUGUUGGAUUAUGUUCAUGAACAUAAGGAUAAUAUUGGCUCCCAGCUUCUGCUAAACUGGUGUGUCCAAAUAGCUAAGGGAAUGAUGUACCUGGAAGAGAGGAGACUUGUCCACCGGGACUUGGCAGCCCGUAAUGUCUUGGUGAAAUCACCAAACCAUGUGAAGAUCACCGACUUCGGCUUGGCCAGACUUUUGGAAGGGGAUGAGAAGGAGUAUAAUGCUGAUGGAGGGAAGAUGCCAAUUAAGUGGAUGGCUCUGGAGUGCAUACACUACAGGAAAUUUACCCAUCAGAGUGAUGUUUGGAGCUAUGGAGUCACUAUCUGGGAGCUUAUGACCUUUGGUGGGAAGCCGUACGAUGGAAUCCCGACUCGAGAGAUCCCUGACCUCUUGGAGAAGGGAGAGCGGUUGCCUCAACCUCCAAUCUGCACUAUUGAUGUUUAUAUGGUGAUGGUGAAGUGCUGGAUGAUUGAUGCUGACAGUCGCCCGAAAUUCAAGGAGCUGGCUGCUGAAUUCUCUAGAAUGGCUCGAGACCCUCAGAGAUACCUAGUAAUUCAGGGAGAUGAUCGUAUGAAGCUCCCAAGCCCAAAUGACAGCAAGUUCUUCCAAAACCUUCUUGAUGAGGAAGACCUGGAAGAUAUGAUGGAUGCUGAAGAGUAUCUUGUUCCUCAAGCCUUCAACAUCCCUCCUCCCAUCUACACCUCCAGGACAAGAAUUGAUUCCAACAGGAACCAGUUUGUGUAUAGAGAUGGUGGCUAUGCUGCAGAGGUGCCAAUGCCAUACAGAGCUCCUGGCUGCAUAAUACCAGAAGCCCCAGUUGCUCAAGGGGCCACAGCAGAGAUCUUUGAAGAUACUUGCUGUAAUGGCACACUACGAAAACAAGUGGCAACCCUGUCAAAAGAGGACAGCAGCACCCAGAGGUACAGCGCUGAUCCCACGGUCUUCAUACCCGAGCGGGUCGUCCGAGGAGAGCUGGAUGAGGAUGGGUACAUGACGCCGAUGCGAGACAAAGCUAAAACAGAUUACCUAAACCCAGUGGAAGAGAACCCAUUUGUUUCCCGACGAAAGAAUGGAGAUCUCCAAGCUGUGGACAACCCAGAGUAUCACAACGCUCCAAACGGGCAGCCCAAAGCAGAGGAUGAGUAUGUGAAUGAGCCAUUGUACCUCAACACUUUUGCAAACACCUUGGAAAAUGCCGAGUACCUGAAGAACAAUUUGCCGGAGAAAGCCAAGAAGGCCUUUGACAACCCAGACUACUGGAAUCACAGCCUGCCCCCACGAAGCACCCUCCAGCACCCGGACUAUCUGCAAGAGUACAGCACAAAAUACUUUUACAAACAGAACGGACGGAUCCGGCCCAUUGUGGCAGAGAAUCCUGAAUACCUCUCCGAGUUCUCCCUGAAGCCUGGCACUGUGCUGCCCCCGCCACCCUACAGACACCGAAAUACGGUGGUGUAGUGACUGCGGUCUUACGGAAGUGGAAAGGCAACCCCUUCUAGCUGCCUCGUUCUUUCUCUCUCCCUCUCCUUUUCUCCCUCCCUCCCUCCCUCCCUCUCUCUCUUUCUCCCAUGAGCUGCUUCUUCUUGCCAGUUCACUCAUUUUUGAUAUUUCCAAGUGAAAAAUGUCUUGGAGUAAUUUGCAGAUUGGGUUGGGAACCUGGAAGGAAGGAAAGAGACUGAAAGAAGGCAUGUACAACCUGGCAUUUCUCACGUUCCGCAGAUCUGGAGGGUCGGACGGUCAGAGAAGCCAGACAGUACCAGUAAAGGCCAGCGGCAGUGUUGCCUGCUGUUGAGCUAGUUCUCAGUGAUUCAACCCAGACAGACGCUGUAGGGAAGCCACAGAGAGGCUGGUUCUUGCAGCAGGAACUGAUGAGAGUCUGUACAGCAUUCCUGGAAAUCUCAAUGCAGUUUCCAUUAGGGGGAAAAAUGGACAAUUUUUAUAUCAUGUGUGAUAGCAUAGUAAUUGAGAUUGAGAAUCCAAUUUCUUUCUCUAUCACUUUCUAUCCCAGCAACUGGAAAUGGCUAACCUGGCUUUUCAUAAUCGUUCAGAUCUUCAUCGUGGCUUUCCAAGAAAUGCUGAUGUGACUCUAACAUACAGCUAAACCCUUUUUCUGAGCCACACCAUGAUUUUGUGCCAAUUCAAUUCCUAACCGCAGAGACACCAGCUCAGAACUGGUACAUGACAUGACCAUUUUUGUAUCUGUGCCAACAUGACAAACACUUUAAACACAAAAACCCUUUUCAGAAGAGUGUAACAAAACAACACCUCCAACAUGUUCUUUUUGAAGCUAAAAGACAGGCCAAGAAACCAAGAUUUGUAUGCAAAAAGCUUUGUUUUCCCGUUUUAUACCUGCUAACUAUUGAUACAUGAAAAGACCCAAAUUCCUCCCCCUUUUUCUUCUUCGUGAUCAUGAAGGGAGUUGGGGAUGCUGUCAGGCAACACUGAGGACAAGACGGAGAACUGGAGAGUUUGAUAUGGGUCAUGAAGUCUGCUGGUGUUCUGUGGGGUGGUGGUGGGAAGGGUCCUUUAAACUGGAAGACAGACACUGGACUGGAGAAAACGCACAUAGCGAUUCACUGGAAAGUUAGUUUGCACUUAAGCUCUGAUUUUAUUUGAACUGUUUUCUGGAUUUUGAAUGAAGCAAUAUGGAAGUGACCAGCAAAAUAAAAAAUAAUAAUUUUAAAUU